UAUUGGCGCUCACUACCGGCGACAUGUCCUUCAAGAUCGCCGAGCUGCUGGUGUUCAAGGGAGCCUCCGUGAAGACUGCCAACCGAGCCAAGCGAACGGCCCUGCAUCUGGCAGCGGAGAAAGGCAACGACGAAAUUCUAACGCUCCUCGUUAGCAACUGCCCCGAGAGUGUCCACGCAAGGGAAGCCGAGCAGCAGACGCCUCUCCAUUUGGCGGCUCGCUGUGGCCACGUGACUUCCUGCCGGCUGUUGGUGGGCAACGGGGCAGACAAGGAAGCCAAAGACCUGCGCGGGUACACUGCUCUGCACUGGGCUGCCAAAAUGGGUUUUUCAGAGUGUUGUAGUCAGCUGCUCAAGCUUGGAUCUGAGGUAAAUUGUAGUGACAAGGUCGGUAAUACCCCACUGCACCUGAUAUGCUCUUCAUCUAAGGAAAAACCUGGAUGUGUUGAGGUUCUGUUUAAAUACAGGGCUUCUCCUGCUAUACAGAACAACAAGGGAGAGACGCCUUUCCACUGUGCGCAGUAUUCGCCCGGUGAAGUAAGGAAAUUAUUUGAAGCCCAUCCAGAUAUUGACCUGUUCAUUGCUGAUAACAAGGGCAAGACUGUUCUCCACUGUGCUGCAGAAAGAAAGAAAAGCAGAAAUGUUGAGUUCAUCCUGGCAAUGGCAAAAUCACAAAACGUUAACAUGAAGCAGUUUGUAAACAUGCCAGACAGCGGAGGUAAGACCGCUUUGUAUGUUGCCAUAGAGGGUGGGGAUUUGGAAUGUUGUAAGUCCCUGGUCAAAGCAGGCGCUGACGGCAACCUGGUAUUGGGAGCUCGAGGCACAUCCUUGCAUUUAGCUGCCGAGAAGGGUCUCCGGGAGGUCUGCGAAUACCUGAUCACCAAAGGCAUAAAGACGGACACUCGAAACAGCAGCUUGAUGACCCCUCUUCACCUCGCGGCCAAGAAUGGCCACGCCAGCUGCUGUGAAGUUCUGCUGAAGCGAGGUGUUCCGUGGGCUGCCCAAGACGACCAGGGCAUGACUGCCCUCCACCAUGCCGCCAAGGAAGAGCGGGCGGAGUGCUGUCGGGUUAUCGUAGCGCUGCAGCCGUCAGCAGUUACAAGGACGGACAAAGCUGGCCAGACGCCUUUGCAUUUCGCAGUCGAGAAGAACUGCUUGGAGUGUUGCCAGGCCCUCGUCCACCCUCGCUCGGAUAUCUGGUGCCAAAGCAAUGGCAAAAGC